GCUGGCGGGGACCUCAUCCGGGGAACAUCUGUUCGCCUCAACCCGGGCUCUACAUACUAACCGCGGCUCUCUGCGGUGUCCGAGCCGGUGUCUUGGUGCUCUGCUGCGAGGACACAGCAAGCCUCCAGAAGAAGACGAGGCGCUCUGCAUGCAUGAGUUCUGCACCGUGCGGGCGGAAAAAGCGCCCCAGAUCCGCAGGCAGCGUCUUGCCUAUCACUAAAGGGACACUGGCGGAUUCGGAGCACCGGGAGAGCACCGUGGACGGCAGCAGGAUGACUGUGCAGGAAUUCAACACCCUGGUGGCGCUGUACCGCGAACAGGUCAUUUCUGUCGGUGAGAUGUCAGCCGACUGUCCCUCACUGCGGGCUCAGAUGCACUACACCCGGGCUAAAGGAUGCUCCAUGGCCCGCGCUGCGCACCAAAACCUCGCCCUCAUUGCUGUCUCUGGUCCAGAGGACGGAGAAAUCCACCCUGAGAUCUGUCGGCUCUUCAUCCAGCUGCAGUGUUGCCUGGAAAUGUUCAUCACUGAGAUGCUGAAGUCAAUGUGCCUGCUGGGGGUGCUGCAGCUUCACAGAAAAAGAACCGACUCUGAGCCGAGGAUGGACUUCAGGGUGGAUGAAAGUUCCGAUGCUCCCAUCUUGGAAGAUCGUUCCUCUUCUCCUGUUGAUUACCCUCAUGAGCCGUGGCUGGUGGGAGUCCAUAUUGAAAACAUAGAGAGCCCUUUCAUUAACAGAUUCUUCUCCUUCAUAUCAGUUGGCCUGUCUUGUUUUUGUGACCGCUAUCCCUGGUCCUCAUGGUCGGCCUGCACGCGGACCUGCAACCACGGCACACAACACAGACACAGGGAGAUUAAAUAUGAUGACUACUACUGGAAGAGCAGCUGUCGUCAACUGUGUGAAAGACAUGACAGGAGGGCUUGUAAUGUGCAGGCUUGUCCCGUCAAUUGUCUGUUGACAGAAUUUGGGCCCUGGUCUGACUGCUCACCUUGUGCCAAGAAACAGUUACGGACAAGGUUUGUACAAAGCCCGUCGCAGUUUGGUGGAUCUUCUUGCAGUGUGAAGCUGACUGAGGAGAGGCCCUGUUAUGCCCCUACGGAGUGUAAGCUGGCCCCCAUUGACUGCAGGGACAACUUCAAAUGUGAUAAUGGACGUUGCCUCAACGCCACACUAACUUGCAACAAACAGAACGACUGUGGCGAUAACUCGGAUGAGAAGGACUGUGCUGACUUGAAAGUUGUGUGUCCAGCUGAGAAGAGAGUGGCUCCAGGCGCUGACCUGGUGGGAAAUGGGUUUGACGCACUAGCAAAUGAGCCGAGGGGGGCAGUUCUGGACAAUAUGUUUAUGGGCGGAACUUGCAUCAUUCGGAGACCUCAGAGUACUCUUCUCUACCAUCGGAUCCCUCACAACUUUGAGAGCUUUGACAUCAAGGUUGGCAUCCUGGGGGACUUCAGCACAGAUCCCGAGCCACUACACACUGAAACCAUUAACAUAAAGAAUUCCAUGUCCUCCACCGGCACUGAAGACGACAAACACCUCGGGAUGUUGGCCUUCCUUUUUGGAAAACAGAUGAAAACAUCUAAGUCUGUGUUUGACGCUUCAAAAAAAAUGGACUCUGUGUUUUUGCGGGUGCACCAGGUUCUCCCUGUGUCCACCUUCAAGGUGCGAGACCCAAAAGAUUUGGUCUUGUCAGAACCAUUUCUCCAGUUUCUCCACGCUCUUCCCCUCCAAUACAACUACGGCCUCUACAGGGACAUCUUUCAACGCUUUGGAACACACUACUACGCCUCAGGGACACUGGGGGGCCGCUAUGACUUGCUGUACCAAUACAGCCGAGAAGAGCUCACCAGUUCAGGUGAAACUGAGGAUCAUGUUAAAGGUUGUCUGGGCCGAGAAACAUCAUGGACUGUUGUUCUGUCCAGUCAACAGAGGGACGUACCCAUGUGCUCUGACAAUAAGAUGACUCAAAAAUAUCAAGGCUCGUACAUUCAGGCAGCGGAGAAGUCUUUCUCUGCGGUGAAAGGUGGUCGAACCAGAGAGGCUGCAGCUCUGGCCUGGGAGAAGCAAGGUCCUGCUCCUGAUAGAACCUCGUUUAAGAAUUGGGCCAAAUCUGUCCUUGACAAUCCUGCAGUCGUCGAUUACAAGCUACUACCCAUCAUAGAUCUGGUACGGGGUAUUCCCUGUGCAGCCACGAAGAGAAGACACCUGAAGAAAGCACUACUGCAGUAUUUGGAGGAGUUUGACAUAUGCAAGUGCACUCCAUGCCCUAAUAAUGCUAAAACCUUUCUCUUCGGUACUGAGUGCAAGUGUGCCUGUCAGACUGGAACGUUUGGUCCCAAUUGUGAACAAAGAGCUCCUGACUACACCUCAGAGGAAGUGGAUGGUUCCUGGAGCUGUUGGAGCCCAUGGAGUCGCUGUGGAGCCGUCAUGAAGAGAUAUCGCAGUAGGAGGUGUAUUAACCCCGCCCCCUUGAGGGGAGGCCAACCUUGCAAGGGUCCAGACACGGAUGAGGAGCCAUGUCACAUCUCCAUCUUUAAACAACAGGAAACAUGUGACAAUGAUGAUGACUUCACUGUAGGAUGGAGAGAAGAGUUGCCUCCUGGUGUGAAGGGCUGUCCCAGGCCACAGCCACCUAACAACAGCUUCCUCAGGAAAGCAAAGCAGUACUAUGACUUUGGUGAGGGUGAGGAGUUCCAGUGCUACACUGGAUUUGACCUGGAAGGUUUCCAGUUCAUCAACUGUCUUCCUGAUGGGACAUGGAGCCAACCACAAGGAAGGUGUCUCAGAAAAAUCUGCCUUCCCCCCAAUAUCCCUGACGGCAUGAUGCUGUCCCCCAACAAAGAAGAGUACAAAGUGGGUGAUUCAGUGGGUUGGAACUGUGUUGAGGCGGGCCUGUUUCCGCUGCCUCCAGGUCUUUACAGAUGUAGCACCAGUCUCACCUGGGAACCCCCAUUACCUGCAGGACUACACUGCACUGAUGAGGAACCAUUUGAACCUGACAGUCAGUGUGGUCCAGGUGAGAAACGUCAGGGAUCUCAAUGUACCUGCCUACAACGGGAGAGCUGCCUAGCUGAACCCGAGAUUCUUUGCAUUCUGAACACUGACAUCAACACCACCGUGCCGAUGUCCCUGUGUUCCUUCUACGCUGGCCGUUGCCAUGGCGAUCCCCUCUUCUUUGUCAGCGAGAGUGCUUGCGAUACCGUAGAUCCAGCUAAACUGGAGUGGGCCAGGUUCCGCGCCAAGUGGGCAUCAAAGAGUUCUGUCCAGGAGCCGUGCGACCUUGAUGUUUGUUACGAAUGGGAGACCUGCUCGUCAUCCAAGAAAUGUGAAUGUAGAGCUGCUCGGGACUGUCCACGGGUUAUGGAGCACACGUUCUGUCUAAAGCUGACUAGAAGCCAGAGCACUCGCAGCCUGCAUCUUUGCGCCAUGGCCGCCCUUAAGUGUGCUGCCUUCCAGUUUGAAAUCAUCAAUGAAGGUGUCUGUGAAUCCUGAUGGGUCCAUUCUCCUUGAACAAUAUCAGCACACAUUGUAUGAAGUUGGUAAAGGUCAACUGUAGAUGAAAUAAUAUCAUUUUCAAUAAUAUGCUUACUCAUCCAUAUCUUUGAUGACUCACAACAAAUGUACUGAUUGUGCAGAGUAAGUGCAAGUUGAAUGACUUGGCCGUUUUGUGUUAAAGUACACGGACAGAGACGUGACUAUUGAGCCAGAACAGCAUGUGUGGUGUAAAUAAACAGAAAGACAAAGAAGAACAA